AGAGCUGCCGGAUAAUCGCUCCCUGCCGGAGUUAGAUGUGGAGUGAACGUUACAGGUGGAGCACAAAAAGCGUCGAGACGGAUUCAAGACCAGGAAAACAGCGACAGGAGCGGUCACAGCGGUUUCUCAUGUAGAGCCUGACAACUCCCGAAGUGGGCACCAUUAAGAUGAUCUCCUCCAGCACCCCUCACCAGUAGCAGGGCAGCAUGGCUUCUGCUCCUCCUUCCACAGAGGACACCAGUGGCUCAUUAGCACUGCGCUGGAGGCUGACGCCGACAUAGAUACUCACCACGCAGGACACCGACUUCAGACCGAACCGAAGCAGGCUGAGCUGCACUCCAGUUAACCACACGAAUAAACUACCUUUAGAGGAUCUUCAAAAACAAAGAUGACUUGUGCCAGAGCGGCACAUGUCCAGGACAGUGACAUCCCAACAGUGUAACAGUAGCAACCUCUGGACUAAGACCUUGGACCAUGUUCUGUCUUUGAUCGGGUGCUUUGGUGGCAGAGCUGGACUGUGCAGCUCUUCCACACUUAGACAAACCUGGACUCUGAGCCAUGUCUCUUCUCUCAGCCCUGAGCCUAGUCUGUGGAUUGAUGCUCCACGUUUCCUUUAGUGCACUCAACACUCACUACUGUGUCCCGCGAAAGACUGUCCCCUACCAGAACGAGCUGAAGUCGUUCAGUGAAGAGGGGAUCUUCAACUACUCCACUAUGCUAAUGAGAGACGACCUUGGUGUGGUGCUGCUGGGGGCCAGAGAGGCCAUAUAUGCUCUGGACAUCAACAACAUCUCUGUCAGAAAGGCUGCGGUGUACUGGCGAGUUACAGAGGAGAAGCAGAGGGAGUGCACAUACAAGGGAAAACAUGCCGAGGUGGAAUGCCGCAACUACAUUCGAAACCUGCACCGAGUGAAUGACACUACAAUGUAUGUGUGUGGCACAAAUGCUUUUAGCCCCACCUGUGAUUAUAUGACGUUUGCUAAUGGACAGCUGAGGCUGGAGGGAAAGCAGGAGGAGGGAAAGGGGAAGUGUCCUUUCGAUCCCUUCCAGAGAUACUCCUCCCUCAUGGUUGGAAAUGACCUGUAUUCUGCUACAUCCAUCAACUUCUUGGGCUCUGAGCCUGUGGUUCUGCGCAGCUCAGACUUGGCUCUCCGUACUGAGUUUAAGAGCUCCUGGCUCAGUGAGCCAAACUUUGUCUACAUGGACUUUGUUGGUGAGAGUUUUGAUAAUCCGGAUGGUGAUGAUGAUAAGGUGUACUUGUUCUUCAGUGAGAAUGCCAUGGAGUAUGACUUCUACAGGAAAGUUGCGGUGUCUCGAGUGGCCCGUGUCUGCAAGGGCGAUAUGGGCGGCCAGCGGACACUGCAGAGGAAAUGGACGUCGUUCCUGAAAGCUCGUCUGGAUUGUUCCCUCCCUGAACCCAGCCUGCCCCCCAUUGUCCAGGAUGUCUUCCUGCUGAAGCACAGGGACUGGACAAAGAGCGUCUUCUACGCUGUCUUCACACCCCAGUCGAGCUUGUCCCAGGCAUCUGCAGUAUGUGCAUACAGUGUGUCUGCCAUUCGAGAUAUUUUCAACGAGGGCAAGUUUAAGACACCUGUUGCUGUGGAGACAUCUCACGUCAAGUGGGUGAUGUACACUGGAGAGGUGCCAGUCCCCAGACCAGGAGCAUGCAUCAAUAGUGUGGCACGCAAAAUGGGAAUGAAUCGUUCUCUGGACCUUCCUGACAAAACCCUCCAGUUCAUCAGGGACCGGCCCCUUAUGGACGAAGCUGUUCGCCCUCUGACUGGAGGGCCGCUGCUGGUCAAGAGGGGACCUUUGCUCACACGGAUUGUAGUGGACAGUGUGUUGGCACUGGACGGACAGAGAUAUGACGUCAUGUUCAUUGGCACUGAAAAUGGUUACGUUCAGAAGGCUGUCAACUACGCUGGAGAGAUGUUCAUCAUUGAGGAGAUUCAACUGUUCGAAAACCCCGUGCCUAUUAGCACCCUGCGCCUCUCCUCCAGCAAGGGCCAACUGUAUGCAGGUUCAGACUUUGGUGCUAUCCAGAUGCCGGUGAGUAACUGCAGCCGCUAUGACACUUGUGUGGACUGCAUCCUGGCCAGGGAUCCUUACUGUGCCUGGGACUUCACCACCGAGCAGUGCUCCCCAGUCUACGGCUUCUCAUCCUCCUCAAAUACUGCAAUACAGAGUUUGAAAGAGGGAAACGUCUCACAGUGUCCUCAGCCAGAUCCAGUAGCAGCUGUGGACUUUACCCUAGUUCCAGAGAACAACAUUCAGCUGCCUUGCCAGCUCCACUCCAAUUUGGCGCAGGUCCGGUGGCGAUUCGCCGACCAAACACUUCACUCCAACAACAAAUACUACAUCUACAGCGGAGGCCUCCUCAUCCUGAGUGCCUCCGAAUCGGACGCUGGCCUGUACACCUGCGACUCUGUAGAGCAGAUCAACGGCAGAACAUACAACCGGACGGUGGUGGUUUAUCAAUUGCAGCUCUACUCUGGCCCAGGAGUUGGGGACAGCACUCCUUCUGGCAACGAGGUGAUAGAUUACUCGGACUCUAUUUACGGGCAGACUACGGCUGCACCGGAGUUGGUGACGAAGUCGGACAGUGAGGACCCGUUGUCCCCUGAGAAUCAAAGCGACACUAGCAGGGUGACUCGUUUGGAAGUGGCAGUGGGUCUGCUGUCACUGCUUUGCCUCUCUCUGAUGGGGGUCAUAUUUUGGAUCUGGAGUCAAGGACGUUGGGAAUGCUUUAAGCUUGCGCAGCGCUCCAGUGAAAGCGAGGGGAAAAGGCAGUCGGCAGAAUACAUGCACAUCCCGAACAGAACUUCAGAGAUAAAGCUCCUGGGGCCCGAGUCUGGGAGACCUUGCAGUGCCAAUAAUAAUCACUCCACUGUUGACUUCAAAGGGAACGGGGAGCACCACUUCACACCUAUGGCCAACAUUUCAAGUCUGGACGGCCUGGGAUACAUAAAUGAUGAGUCAGAGAUUUGACUCUGCUGAGGCGUAGAAUUUAGUCUGAGGCUGACGACUAAGUGCACUAAUUAUCUUCCUAUAGGUGCGCUAUUGUAGAAAAGAUUUUCAUUAUAAAUUCUUUUCAUUGGUGUCCUGUGUCUCCUUGCCAAUUUCUGACACUGUCUAUCAUUUCCAUACUCUGACUGGGCAGCUGAUGUUCACUGAAGACUUUUUGUUUUUCUAUAAAUGUAUUUUUUGUAUGAUAAAUUGUGAAAACAUUUAGUGUAAUAUAUUGUGUACAGCCAAGACUGUUCCAACUAUUUAUUUGUUGCAAUGAAGCAAUUAUAUUACCUGUGAUCUAAGUCUUGUAAAUAGGGUUGACAACACUUUGACUUUUAAUUUCCAGGUGCAUUUAAUUUUAUGGUUUAUGUUUAUUUAAGACAAUCAAUCAGAGAGCAUACAGCUCAGUCUUGGUUGUGGUAAUGAUUGAUCAAUAGCCUGUACUACUAUUUUAUUUCCGGGUGGUUACCUCUGCAUUUAAGCAUUCAAAUGCCAGUGACAAAGACAUGAGAUUAUUUCCCUCCAGUAAAUGUUAAGUCUUCAUUUGCAGUGAACUAACAGGAUUGGAUGUACAGUACGAACGUGGAUGCACAUUUCUGUCAGUGAAUCAACUCAACAGAGGUAAGGCACAGAAAAGAAUUUAGGCUUUUGGUGUCAAACGUUGGAAAAUGCAGCCCCUGUUGGUAAUAAUAAAAACUUAAUUGGGA